AUGGCUGUGUUUCGAUUAUUAGAGGCUGUUAGUGGCGGCAAAGGUGGAGGCAGCGGUUCGGCUGUCGCUGCCGGCGGCCGCUCGCAGGACGAUGGCCCAGGCGUUCGUCACCCCGUGGCGGCGUCUACCGACAAUCCGGACGGCACAAUCGGCGCCGACCAGCGCGACACAUCUAUCAGUAUGGAGCAGGAUGUGACGCCGUCGGAUGGUCUGGAUGAAGUGGACGUGAUUCGAGAAUUCUACCUGUCAAGGCUAGGCGAACUGCCGGCACGCCGCUCUGCAGGCGGCAGUCAUCCUCGUCGUAAUCGGGUCGCGGCUGGCACAGGGUCUCCGAGGACUCCACGCAACGGCGAAUCGGAUAGCCAUGUAUCGGCCAGCGACGGUGUUUCCGUUGGGGUCCAGGCAGGCGCCAGCGAUGGCAUACACCUGUCUAAUGACCAUGCGCCCGGCAUAAAUCAAGCUUUUGUGGAAAGUGUGGACGCGCUAAACGGGAAACUGGAGCAGUACUAUCGGAUGGUGAACGAAAACGGUUCUUGUCCUUCGGAGGUUUUGGGAAUAAACGAACCGUCCGGCAGGCUGGCUGACGCCAUAAAGGCAUUGGAUCGCCGUGACUAUCUGUGUCGGCAGAUUCUGGCGGUGCAACACUGCCAGCUGUUGGCGUACUACGGCGGCGGCAUGUAUGGCGCAAAUUCGCAACCCGAAACUCCUGCGUCGGCCGACCCCUAUCGUCCAGAUAGUGUGUCGAGAGGCUUUAAUAUCGCAAACCAGCAAAGUACGGAUUCACGUGAGGCAGCCGUUUCGGGCGAAGCAACCCCCUGCAAGCGCAUGGUUCGGCGGGAUAGGACCCAGUCGGAGGAAAUUGCACGCUUGCGCCGCAUGGUUGAGCUGUAUAAGAACGAGUUAUCGCGUCUAUACGACCGCUGA